AUGUGCCCGAUCCUGGUGAUGCUUUUGGCACAUCCUCACAGUGAGGUUGUUGCAAGUGUGCUGAAGGUUGUAGAGAACUUCCUCAAGAAUGGAACUGAUAAUCAAAUUCAGGUUCUCCAUGACAGCCAAGUUCUUCAACAUGUUUUAGAAAUUGUAAUGAAUCAUGACAACCUACCUCCUUUACAUCUGAGGAGUGUUUGUCGUGCCAUCGCCAAUAUAGUGAAUUACAGGAGCAGUCAAAUCCAGAGAAUGGUUGAUGCAGGUAUCUUCCCUUCGAUUAUUCAGAUUUCGAUUAACCAAGAGGUUGGUGAUACCAAAUAUGAGGCUAUAUACGCCAUCUCAAGCGUUGUCACGAGGGGAUCUCACGAGCAGAUUAGACACUUGGUAGAACAUGGUUCAAUUGCAGCAAUUUGUCAAGGCCUUCUAUGUGAAGAGCCUCUUGUUUCCAGGGUCUCCGCGGUAUUCUGAGAGUUGGAGAAGCUCAUAAGGUAGAUGGUGUAAACAUCUACACACAGAUGAUCACCGAGAACGGAGGGCUUGCUAAGAUCAAGAGUCAGAGGGAUGACCGUGAUGUCGGAGAGAUAGCAAGAAGAUUGUUGAGCUCAUACUGGCCAGGGGAAGUAUGAUAUACCUUGUCGUUCAGACCUCUAGUGUUGUGUAGUUAAAAACUUAAUGAGUUUUGUAGUUUUUGCCUUCUAGUCUUCUAGUAUUGUGUACUCUGGCUGUUUUGAAACUGUAAAUGUGGGGUGGGCCAUCAUCAUAAUAAACAACGCGACUAUCAACCGUACAACAGUAACCACCUCCAUCGUCAUAACUAUCACUGUAUCCAUUACUAACUACCGACACCAACUAUAACCAUAUGCUCCUAUGAAUCAUAUCCACUAUCACUAACGGAGCUUAAUUAUGACUCCUAUAUUUUUAUAAUUAACUAGAUUUAGGAACGUGCGUUGCACGUUUAUCCCAACAUACUUCAUAUAAAUUUUGUAUCAUAAAAUUUAUUAUUGUUUCGGUAGAAACUACAUAUAUCUUCCUAGUAAAAAUAUUAUAUCUUUAAUUAUAAAAUUGACUAAAAGUGCAUAAAGUAAAAAUAACUAUCACACAAAUUCAAUAUUCCAAUGAAGAUAUUA